AUAAAUAUAGAACAUAUAGAUAAAAUUAUUAUAAUUGACCACUUUAUUACAUGUCUUGAGAGUUGAACUGAUAGUCAGUAACUGUAAUGCCUUGGGUUUGGAUUACAAUAUUCAUUUCAUCUCUUUUCGCGUGCGAUAAAGUAAAUAAAGUGGAAGGCAAAAAAGGUUUUGGUCCUGGGGAACAGGACUGGGGGUAUGUGACAGUUCGACCAGGAGCUCAUAUGUUUUGGUGGCUUUAUUAUGUCAAUCCACCUGACAAACCAACUAAUUUUGAUCCUCUAUCAAAACCAUUAAUUAUAUGGAUCCAUGGUGGACCCGGUGGCUCUGGAACUGGUUAUGGAAACUUUAAACAAUUCGGCCCGCUCGAUAUUCAUGGGCACUAUCGUAAUUACACAUGGGUCAGUGAUUACAAUGUUCUGUUCAUUGAUAAUCCAGUUGGUUCAGGAUUUAGUUACGUUGAUAAUUACUCUAAUUAUGCAAAAAAUAAUACACAGAUAGCUAACGAUUUGUUUGAAUGUAUACAAAAUUUUUUUCAAGUUAUUCCAGCGUUUAGAAAUAUUUUUACUUAUAUUGCUAGUGAAUCUUAUGGUGCGAAAAUGGGCGCGGAGUUGGCUUCUAUUUGGUACAAAGCUCAAAAAAGUAAAAGUAUACAAAGUGAUCUCAAGGGAAUUGUUUUAGGCGCACCGUGGAUUUCUCCAAUUGAUUCAAUUCUUUCGUGGCCGCCAUUUUUACUAAAUACGGGAAUUGUCAAUUCUGCUGGUUAUGAGAAAAUAAAGGAAGAGACAGAAAAAGUUGGGAAAGCUAUAGAGGCAAAAAAGUGGAGGGAAGCUACUGAUGCUAAAAACGAGGCAUUGAAAAUCGUUAAUGAAGUUAGUGAUUAUAUUCCUACGAGUGAUAUAUUAAUAGAAAAAAAAUCAUAUGACGGAGUGCAAAAUUACACGACUAGAUUUCCAAAACCACAAAAACCGGAUGAAAACUUGGCUGAGUUAAUUCACUUUAUGAACAAUGAUGUUAAAAAAACUUUAGGACUCAUUUCCCCUUGGGUUUUAAAUCCACCGGAAGUUGUAGAAAAUAUUUAUGAAGAUAUAAUGAAGCCUGUUGUAAAUAUAGUUGAAGAAUUAUUGAACGAAACGGAUUUGAAAGUUUCCGUUUACGCUGGACAAUUAGAUUUAUUCGUCGCCUUACCCGGUACUGUCAAGUGGGUGGAAAAUUUGAAGUGGAAGCAUGAAGAUGCUUGGAAAAGAGCGCCGAGAGUUGCAUUUGCUGUUGAUAAUAUUAUUGAAGGAUACGUCCAAGCGUACGAUAAAUUGAAAAUGUAUUGGGUCUUACGGGCGGGACAUUUGGUAGUUGAAGACAAUCCGCAUGCUGUCAAUGCAAUCCUCCAGGAAAUUACGUCUGUUAAAUACAAUCCUUAAUAUUUUUUAUUUUUAUUAAUAAAAUAUGUCGGCAUUAUGGAUAUGUGACGGUGUAUUAUUUAUAAUGAUUUUAGAUUUUAUUUAUUGGAAGAUUAUCUUUAUUGAAAUAGAGUUUCCGGAAGUGUGUCUUACCAGCAUCAAAGAUCAGAGAGAACUAACUGCUUACAACUGCACAGAAAAAAAGAAUUUCUGGGCUCAAGAAUUUUUUUGUAUUUUAAAUUGAACACAAAAAUUUUCUUGGGACGAGAAAAAAUUUAUUGGCUUAAAAAGUUUUUUCUUGCUCUGAGAAAAUUCAUUCUCGCCGUAAGAAAAUUUCUGUUUUCAAUUCAUAAUGCAAAAAAUUUCUUGGGCUGGGAAAAAAUUUUCUUGGGGCGAGUAAAAAUUUUUUGUGUCAAGAAAUCCUUUUUUUCUGGGUAUAUUACUACAGUUGUCCUUUUUACAUCGUGUAACAUUUAGUGUUUAUAUAGUCUAUACAAUGCUCGAAUUGUAUCUAGUUUUUAUGACUCGUGGUUCGAGUACUUCAAACUACCUUUCUCCGAAAUAAUAAAAUAAAACCUUUUUCAAGGGUAAAAAUGUGUUCAGCAAAUGUUACUCAAAAAAGAAAACUUUUCUUUUUCAGAAUAAAACAAACUUAAAAUAAAUAAUAUAAUAUAAUAAAAGAGAAUGAUUUUUGUAGACGAAUUCAAUAUUUUAACAAAAUAUAUAUUAAAUAAACUAUG